ACAGGUAUUGACAAGUCUGGUUCUGUUUCCUUAGCAGGACACAGGCUGAAGUCCCACAGUUAAGAUUUGUGGACCUUCAUAACACAAGAAAGAACAUUUUCAGUGAGCGACAGUUGCUUCAGGAACCUUGCUGAAGAUCGCAGUGGGAUAAACCUUAAAGAUCUGGUUCAAGACCCAUCUUUGAGACACUGAUAGACUGGUGUGAUGAAAAGGAACUUAACUUGAUUUUGACAACUGGAGGAACAGGGUUUGCACCACGAGACGUCACUCCAGAGGCCACUAAAGAAGUAAUAGAGCGAGAGGCCCCAGGGAUGGCCCUGGCAAUGCUGAUGGGAUCACUUAAUGUUACUCCUCUGGGCAUGCUCUCUAGACCUGUAUGUGGAAUCAGAGGAAAAACUCUCAUAAUUAACCUGCCAGGCAGCAAGAAAGGGUCACAGGAAUGUUUUCAGUUUAUACUGCCAGCCCUACCUCAUGCCAUUGACCUUUUGCGGGAUGCCAUUGUAAAAGUAAAGGAGGUACACGACGAACUUGAAGACCUACCUUCACCGCCACCUCCUCUUUCUCCUCCUCCAACCACCAGCCCACACAAACAGACAGAAGACAAAGGUGUACAGUGCGAGGAAGAGGAGGAAGAGAAGAAGGAUAGUGGAGUAGCCUCAACAGAGGAUAGUUCCUCUUCACAUAUAACUGCUGCAGCCAUUGCAGCUAAGAAGCAUCCAUCCUACACCAGUUCUGCUGUUAUCAUGGCAAAAGGUGAACAGCCCAUCCCGGGUCUCAUCUGUUAUUCCCAUCACGCAGCAGGCAGUGCAGGAGAACCGAUUCCAGACUCCAUCAUUUCUCGUGGUGUUCAGGUGCUCCCACGAGACACAGCCUCCCUCAGCACUACCCCUUCAGAAUCUCCUCGUGCCCAGGCCACCUCUCGUCUCUCCACUGCGUCCUGCCCAACACCAAAACAAAUUAGACGGCCGGAUGAAAGCAAAGGAGUUGCUAGUAGAGUUGGAUCCCUCAAAGUCCAGUCCAGGUGCAGCAGCAAGGAGAACAUCCUCAGAGCCAGUCACAGUGCCGUCGACAUUACCAAGGUGGCCAGAAGACAUCGCAUGUCUCCAUUCCCAUUGACAUCUAUGGACAAAGCCUUCAUCACAGUUCUGGAGAUGACCCCAGUGCUCGGAACAGAAAUCAUCAAUUACCGAGAUGGAAUGGGCCGAGUUCUUGCUCAAGACGUUUAUGCAAAAGACAACCUACCCCCCUUCCCAGCAUCGGUAAAAGAUGGAUAUGCUGUCAGAGCUGCUGAUGGCCCUGGGGAUCGAUUCAUCAUUGGGGAAUCCCAAGCUGGUGAGCAGCCAACUCAGACUGUGAUGCCUGGUCAGGUAAUGCGGGUUACAACAGGUGCUCCAAUCCCCUGUGGUGCUGAUGCUGUGGUGCAAGUAGAAGACACAGAACUCAUCAGGGAAUCAGAUGAUGGCACUGAAGAGCUAGAAGUACGAAUUCUGGUGCAGGCUCGACCAGGCCAAGAUAUCAGACCUAUAGGACAUGACAUUAAAAGAGGUGAAUGUGUGCUGGCUAAGGGAACCCACAUGGGUCCAUCGGAGAUUGGUCUCUUAGCAACUGUUGGGGUAACAGAAGUAGAAGUUAACAAAUUUCCAGUCGUUGCAGUCAUGUCAACAGGGAAUGAGUUGUUGAAUCCUGAGGAUGACCUCUUACCAGGAAAGAUCCGAGACAGUAACCGUUCAACUCUCCUAGCUACAAUUCAAGAACACGGCUACCCAACAAUCAACUUGGGAAUUGUGGGAGAUAAGAAGCCAGAUGCUUUUAAAGAAGAAGGGACACAGAGCUUCCAGAACACAGCGGAGACAGGCCUACCAGAUUGCCCAGAUGAUUUACUGAAUGCACUGAAUGAGGGUAUCAGCCGUGCAGACGUUAUCAUCACAUCAGGAGGCGUGUCCAUGGGUGAAAAGGACUAUCUUAAACAGGUGCUGGACAUUGACCUUCAUGCACAGAUUCACUUUGGCAGAGUUUUUAUGAAACCAGGCCUGCCAACAACAUUUGCAACUUUGGAUAUUGAUGGUGUACGAAAAAUAAUCUUUGCACUGCCAGGAAAUCCUGUAUCAGCUGUUGUCACCUGCAAUCUCUUUGUUGUCCCAGCACUGAGGAAAAUGCAAGGCAUCCUGGAUCCUCGGCCCACCAUUAUCAAAGCCAGGUUAUCAUGUGAUGUAAAAUUGGAUCCUCGCCCAGAAUACCAUCGGUGCAUACUGACUUGGCAUCACCAAGAACCACUGCCUUGGGCACAGAGUACAGGGAAUCAGAUGAGCAGUCGUCUGAUGAGUAUGCGUAGUGCCAAUGGACUGUUGAUGCUACCUCCAAAGACAGAGCAGUACGUGGAGCUUCACAAGGGCGAGGUGGUGGACGUCAUGGUCAUCGGAAGGCUAUGAUGUCACCAGCAAGAGUGAAGCUUUGAUGCAUGUCCACAUAUCAUUGACUGUAUCCUGUAAUAUGCAACGGCACAGCUAGAUUUUCUGAAUUGGAUAAAGUUGAUCAGUAUAGUCAACAUCUUGAACUAUAUUUCAAAUGGAAUUUAAAUAAAUACCUUUUAAAAAAAACUUUAAAAAAACAAAUCUUAACAAAGAAAUUUAUUCUGAUUAUAUCAAAGCAACUUUUUCCUUUCUUGCAAUUGCUUUGUGUGUUCAAUGCUAGUUCUGAUAGCAGUAGCUUUUAGUAGACAGCAGUAGGUGCCUGCAGAACUUGUGUUUUUUCUCAUCUUUAAGAUACAACUACUUAUGCUCUUAAAACAAGGCUGUCUGCUUAUUUAUACUAGCGUAGACAACACUUGGAUUUCCCUUAUUAGUAUGCUUCAUAACUGCUUCACAGAGAGCUUCUGCUUGUUCUUUAUCUUGUAUCUCGUGUUGAUGUGCACAGUGCCAAAAGCAGAGUGGCUGCACUGGGAACCCGAUCAAGCCCCGAGGUUUCCCCCCUCGCUGCGCGUUCAGGGAUAUCUCUCGGCCCAGCAGCCACCUGGCUCAGUACUCUUGGGCAGUAACUGGAUACCUUUUAUUUGAACAAACAAAAAAAAUUGCUUCCUUAAGUGCUGACAGCCUUUUUAACCAAUACAUUUAAAGAUGUACAGAACUAAAAACUAAAAAAAAAAAAUCAAAGACUGAUCUUGUACAGAUAUUAAUGUUACCAGCAUUCAUGUGGAAAUCAAAUGAGCAAAGAAAUAAAACUAAUGUUAAACAACUCUGUACCAUAACAUUUUCUGUAAUGAUAUUGAAACUUAAAUGAAUAAAAAAAAUUCCUUGAUCAUUAUUUAAAAUUUAA